AUGGCAACCAGCAAAAUAAAUGGGAAAAAAGAUAAUCACUCAACAUCUGGUGUCUCUACGAAUGCAACUUCAAAUCGAUGUAUGAACAUGCAAAGAAUGCAAAAUGUUCUUCUGAUUUGGCUAGACAACAAUAUUGAUGAUGAUAAUGCUGAUUGUAAUAAUACAAUCAAGCAAUUGAAACGUGUAGUUAACAACUUAAACACGUUUACUGAUGAUAAUCAAUGCAUUGAAUUUAUUCAAACCAUUAACAACAACAAAGUAUGUAUGAUUGUUUCUGGUUCACUUGGGCAACAUAUUGUGCCUCACGUACAUGAUAUAUCUCAAGUAGACACCAUUUUCAUUUUUUGUAACAAUCAAGAAUGGCAUAAACAAUGGGCCAAACAAUGGCCUAAAAUAAAAGGAAUCUUCACAGAUAUAACAUCAAUCUGUGAAGCUCUUAAACAAGCUGCUCACCAAUGUGAGCAAAAUGUAAUUUCGAUUAGUUUUGUGGCAUCAAACAAAAAGUUGGAUCAAUUAGAUCCAUCAUUUAUGUACACUCAGAUCUUGAAAGAGAUCCUACUAACGAUCAACUUCGAAGACAAACACAUGAGGCAAUUUAUUACUUACUGUCGUGAAGUACUUGAUGAUGAUGAAAAUGAAAUAAAAAAUGUUGAUCAUCUACAAACAACAUACAAAAACAACAUACCCAUAUGGUGGUAUACAUGGGAUGCAUUUUUAUAUCGUAUGCUUAAUUGUGCAUUAAGAUCAAUGGACGCUGAUAUCAUUGUUCGAAUGGGUUUCUUUAUUAAUGAUCUACAUCGUGAUAUUCAACGACUCCAUUCAGAACAAUUUGAUGAUCAUCAGUCAAGUAAAACAUUUACAGUUUACCGUGGACAAGGUCUUUCAAAAGAAGAUUUCACUGAAAUGACAAAAACUAAAGGUGGACUUCUCUCAUUUAAUAACUUUUUAUCCACUAGUAAAAAUCGUAAUGUUUCUCUUAAAUUUGCCCGACAAACUGCUACAAAUCCUGAUGUAGUUGGAGUUUUAUUUGUAAUGUCAAUUAAUCCGACUGAUUCAACAACUCCAUUUGCUUCUGUUACAGAUGUUAGUUAUUUUCAUACAGAAGAUGAAGUUCUCUUCUCUAUGCAUACCGUUUUUCGUAUUAGAGAUAUUCAACUAAUGGAUGGAAAUAAUCAUCUAUAUCAAGUCAAUUUGACAUUGACCAGUGAAAACGAUCAAGAUCUUCGAACUCUUAGUGAUCAGAUCCGGCAGGAGACAUUUCCAGAUGAAGAAGGAUGGUACAGAUUGGGAUUAUUACUGAUUAAAAUGGGUCAAUUUACUAAAGCUCAAGAAAUAUAUCAAAUUUUACUUAAUCAAACAACAAAUAAUGAGGAUGAUAAGGCAAAUAUCUACCAUCAACUAGGUCGAAUCAGAUAUUUUCAAGGAGAGUAUAAAGAAGCACUUUUAUCUUAUGAAAAAGCUCUUGCAAUUCGACAACAACUACUUCCUUCCAAUCAUCCUGAUUUGGGUAUGUCCUAUAACAGCAUCGGUAUGGUGUACUACAAAAUGGCUGAUUAUCCAAAAGCACUUAUAUCUCAAGAAAAAGCCCUUACAAGUCAACAACAAUCACUUCCUUCCAACCAUUCUGAUUUGGGUAUGUCCUAUAUCAACAUCGGUAGUGUGUAUUACAGCAUGGGUGAUUAUCCAAAAUCACUUUCUUAUUACGAAAAAGCCCUUGCAACCAAUCAACAAUCACUUCCUUCCAAUCAUCCUCAUUUAGCUUUAUCCUACAUGGGCAUUGGUAAUGUGCAUAACAGCAUGAGUGAUUAUCCAAAAACACUUUCUUAUUAUGAAAAAGCUCUUGUAAUCCAACAACAAUCACUUCCUUCUAAUCAUCCCGACUUGGCUUCUUCCUAUAGCAACAUCGGUUUGGUAUAUUAUAACAUGGGUAAUUAUCCACAAGCACUUUCUUAUUAUGAGAAAGAUCUUGCAAUUCUGCAACAAUCACUACCUUCCAAUCAUCCUAAUUUGGGUGACUCUUGUAACAAAAUCGGCACAGUGUAUCAGAGUAUGAGAAACUAUUCAAAAGCUCAUUCAUUUUAUGAACGUGCUGUACAAAUUGGGAAACAAUCAUUACCAAAAAAUCAUCCAACUCUUCGACAAAGGAGGAAAAACCUCGAACGUAUGAAAAAGAAAUUAUAA